ACGCUCCACGUGUUGCAUAACUCGGAGCAGCCUGCAUCUGUGUUCUCGAUACUGGAGUCUGGCAACAAGACGAUCCCCCUGGUAGCUGACGGCCUCUUCGACUUUCUUAUGAACAAGAUGACCAGCAUCUACACCUCCAAGAAGCAGACAAAGAUCGAGGCCAAGGGUCCGCGCUUCGAGAUCGGUGACUUCUGUGUCAAACUGGGCAGCGUGACCAUGACCCAGAACUUCAAAGGCGUCCUUGUCGAGGUGGAGUACCGGCCUUGUGUGGUUCCAGCCAGCUGCUGGGAACUCAUGCGAGAGUUUCUUCAGGGGUUCCUCGGGUCCUCGGUUCAGAGUACUCCGCCUCAGUAUCUGCAGAACCGCAUGAACGAGGUGUAUCAGCCCAUUGACACCAUCCAUCAGUACCUGGAGCAAUUCGGAGCAUACAGGAAGGCCACCGGGGUGCGGUAGUUCAUCGUCCAUCACACGACGCCGUCCUUUCUUGCCCUCAGUUAAAGGAGUAGUUUUCAGUGGUCAGUCUCAUCCGUUAUUGUAAUACUUGCAGGCAGAAGUUGCCUGGAUAGUGGUUCCUGAAACGUCCAGUCUGAGCACUUUUCCUCUGUUGACUGUGUCAGAGAUCGUAUACAGCAGGGAAGUCGUUAGCUGAGAA